GCGCGUACACAACGUGGACAAAACAUUGAUUUACCACUUUACACUCGUUUAAUAUAUAAAAUGAUACUGACCUGUGUUUCGACAAUAAUGAUUUUAUCGCUUAUUAGUAACAAAAAGGUUAAUUGAGAAAAAAUGAAAGAAAUACAUUGCCAAACUUGAUGGAUAAAGGGCAAUAUUAUUUAUAGCUAUAAGAGUCGUAAUUCUUUACUUUUAUUUACCCAUUAAUUUUUUUCUAAUAAGCCACAUAAAUAUUACGUUGUAUGUAAACACUCGUUCAGCUUAUUUCACGCCAUCAAGGAUUUUUAUUCAUUUUUAUAAUAGAGUUGUAGGCACGUAAUGCGAUGACAAUGAAUAGAAAUGAAAUAUUUACACAUAAAUGAAACGCUUAUAGCCGAGUCGUCAAUUAUUAGAAAAUCUCGGAAAUUUAAUAAAUCUAUUGACAAUUAUGAGUCUUAUGAGAGGAAAGACAAGCAAGGAAAAUGAGUCACUGAUUAAUAGAAAUAUUCUAGAUGAUAAGAAAGAAAAUGAUAACAGAAAUAUUAAGGAUUCGCAAUAUAUAACACCUGACAUAGUUCUUGGCUUGCCUACAAUAACAGACAAUUAUCUUUGCUCAUCCGAGGCAAAUACUUAUGAUAUUGACUUUACCAGAUUUCAAAUACGUGAUCUCGAAACUGGAACGAUACUUUUUGAAAUUUCUAAGCCACCGAUAAUAGAGGAAGAAAAUUAUUUUAAAACAUCAGCGUCUAUACCCCAAGAUGCUAGGAUCGAUGCUAAUGCAGGAAGAUUUGUACGUUAUCAAUUUACACCUCAAUUCUUAAAGCUAAAAACAGUAGGAGCAACGGUAGAGUUUAUGGUGGGGUCACGCCCAGCAAAAAAUUUCAGAAUGAUAGAAAGGCACUUUUUUAGAGAUAAAUUAUUGAAGACAUUCGACUUUGAGUUUGGAUUUUGUAUACCAAAUAGUAAAAAUACUUGCGAGCAUAUUUAUGAAUUUCCAGCACUUUCACCGGAAUUGGUUGCCGAAAUGAUAGAAAAUCCAUUUGAAACAAGAUCCGAUUCAUUUUAUUUUGUGGACGAUCAACUUGUUAUGCACAAUAAAGCCGAUUAUGCAUAUAACGGUGGUUUAGAGAAAAAAAAACUUGGUCCAAUAAGUAUUUUAGAAUAAAAAAUUUUAACAUAUAAUGGAUAAAACAAGUUGAAGACAUUAUUUAUCUAUUGAUAAACAAAUUUCGCUUACAUAAAUUUAU